AAGCGCUUGGCAGAGACGGUAAUAACGCUCCCGGGAAUGACUUUUAAAGAAGAGUUCCGCCGCCGUAAUACGGCUAUUAAUACAGUUACUGCCUACUGCCACUUCCAGGAAGGGGGAGCCGCUAUCCAACCACGCAAGAGGUCGUUAAUGCAACGGACGAGUCUAAUGCCGUCGAAGGAGAUCAAUCCGCAGCUGGCAGCCGCUGAGGCCGAGAAGCAAGCGUUAAGUAAUACUAUAUUAUUAGUAUUUACAGAGAAGAGAACCACUACCUGUUUCCUCUGCUUAGAGGAGCAGAGCUUGCCGUUUGAAAAGCGCACCUAUAAGUUUGCUAGUCCGGGAGACUUGACGAAGCACUUUAAGCGGAAGUAUCUGGCCUAUAUCAAAGAAGGGGAUCGGCUCAAGUGCAAGGUCUGUCGAAUGGGGCUGUAG